AAUGUCAUUACUCAGAACAAGUAGAGGGGCAGAAAACAUAAAUUGAAUGACCGGUCAUGAAAACAUUUAAUACGUAAGUUAAUAUUUAAACUGUCAGCAUCUAAACAACAUAAUUGUCUUAUUUUUUUCUGGUCUACUGUAAUUUAGACCAGAAUGUUAAAAAAAUUGCUGAUUAUUUUUGGAGCAAUUGCUUGUGGAUCAGCAGCUCCGAGUUGUAUCGAUUUAUGUGGCCCUGGAUCAGUGAAUACUCAAGCAUCGGAAUCAUUGACGGCAUUCAAAACUCAUAGUUCUAUAGGAGAGCAGCACGAAACGCUGCGUGAUCUCCAUCAAUCGCUGACAGAUCAACUGCAGUCUUCACAAAUCAACGUAGACUUCGAUCGUCCAGGGAAUUGGACUGAUCACAAAGACUACAGGACACCUGACGGCGCUGGAGAAGUCCACGAAGAAGCUGGACAGCUGGUAAAUGGUGGUGCUAAAGUACGUUAUUAUAAAAAAAAAUACGCCGCUUCUUAUGGCAGCGGUAGUGCCAAUAAUUUAGGACUUGGAGAUGCUUUGGAAAGUGACAGUUUGUUGCGCAGCGAUCUGCUGAAUUCUCGUAGCACUGUCGGACAUACUGAUGUCCAUAGUUAUGGACAUCGAGGAUACGAUGAGAGACUUCAGGAUUCAUCAAGAUUCCAAGAUCUUGAGACUACUGGAACCCAACUGCAUGAUAGUGCUCGAGUAACUGGUGCUGCGAGCACUGACGACUGGAGCAGACACGACACAUACGGAGUUGAUGGUGGUCGUGGAAGAGUUUACGAAGAAGAGGGCCAGUAUUCUCAAGGACCAGCUAAAGUACGUUAUUACAAAAAAAACUACACGUCAAGUUACAGCACCAGUGGAGCGCCUGGAAUUAUUCCUUUGACUGGAGUCGCUGAUCUAGAGACUCAGGCUCGUCAACUCGAGUCGCAAUUGAGUCAGCUCAGCAGGGAUCUUCAGCACACCCAAGUUUCUCAGUCCCAGAAUAUUCAUAAAGACAGUUUGCACCGUGAUACCACUGCUAGACAGAGUGAAUACGGACGAGUUUAUAAUGACAAUGAUUAUUCUCAGCAUUAUGACCGUCCAGUUGCUACUACGGAGCAAAGAUACGAGCAUUCUUCGAGAAAAGAAUCUACUGUUAGGUCUGGGGGAAGUAGUUAUGCUCCUGUACAACCUGUGACUAGUUUUAAUUAUCCUGUACCGGACACAGUUGGAGCUCAGACUCAUCGUACUGAACAUACUCAGCAUACUCAGCAGACGCAUGCUUAUACUCCAACCCAAGUGGUCCAAACACAUCAGACGCAUGUUCCUGUUCAACCUGUCACACAUUUUAGUUAUGUAGUACCAGAUACUGAGCUUGAAGCACUUGGAUCUCAGACCCAACGUACUGAACAUACUCAACAUAUUCAGCAGACGCAUCAGACUCAUAUUCCUAUUCAACCUGUGACACAUUUUAAUUAUGUAGUACCAGAUGUUGAGCUUGAAGCAGUUGGAUCUCAGAGCCAACGUACUGAACAUACUCAACAUACUCAGCAGACACAUCAGACACAUGGUUAUGUUCCAAGCCAAGUGGUCCAAACACAUCAGAUUCAUCAAGAAACUGAUGGCAUUACUCGUGUUCCUUUGCAUCGCGUUAAUAAUUACGGCGGCAGCACUUACAGAGAUGAAUCUCGAAGACAAGAGCUCGUUAGUGAAGGACAAACUUCACACCAUCAGUUGCGAGAUGAUGGGCAGUAUGUUUACAGUCAACCUGAAUUGAGCCGCGUCGUUCAAACCCAGCCUGGCAAACGCGUUGAAGAGCACUGGAGUUCCAGUUCUAGACACAGAGUUGAGUCAACGAUUCCUCAUCACAUUGAAACAGUUCCAAUUAUAGAUGUAGGUAUCAGCCAUCAGAAAAUCAGCCAGCAUAACAGCGGAUUACAUUCUGGAUACGCUGAUAGUUUGAACCAGGCUACUAAUACGCGGGUAUCAGGUGGAUCCUCAUCUUCGUAUCACCACGAGGAGUUUGGAACUGGUGGCGGGAGUUAUCAUGUUGGUGCUGUUCAUGUGGGACAUCAAGCUGCUGAUUGUGACACUGAGGGUCAACAGAGUUCAGGGUACACCAGGAGAUAUAAGAGAGGUGUUGAGUUUGGACAGCAGACUGAGAACUUGAAUCGAAUUCAGGGUCAAGGUCAAUGGGGCCAAGUUGAAGGUCAUCAGCAUCAAGAUUAUGACCAUCAUAGUCACCCACAUCAAGAUGAUGACCGUCAUAGACAUUCUGGUCAAGAUUAUGAUCACAGAAAUGGUGGAGGUUAUCAGCAUCAGAGUCAUGAAGGACAUCCGCAUCAAGACGAUGACCGUCAUAGACAUUCUGGUCAAGAUUAUGAUCACAGAAAUGGUGGAGGUUAUCAACAUCAGAGUCAUGAAGGACAUCCGCAUCAAGAUGACGAUCGCCAUAGACAUUCUGGUCAAGAUUAUGAUCAUAGAAAUGGUGGAGGUUAUCAGCAUCAGAGUCAUGAAGGACAUCAGCAUCAAGAUGAUGACCGUUAUAGACAUCAACAGCAAGAAUAUCUCCGUUAUAAGCGUGAACAAAGUCCUCAGCAAUAUGAAGAUUUGAAUCAGCAUAGCGAAAUUGGGUUUGGAGACUUGACUCAUCACAAAUCGGGAGACUUUGAUUUUGGACAACAGCAAGUGGAAAAUCUAGAAUUGGAGUCACAAAAAACUGAAGAUUUGCAUCAACAGACUCAGGGGUUUGAUCUUUGGGAUAAGCAGUCGGGAAAUUUAGAACUUGGACAACAAACUGAAGACUUAACCCAGCAAGCUCAUCAUUUUGACGAUUUCAGUCAACAGUCGGGAAAUUAUGAAUUUGGGCAACAUCAUCUCUCAGGGGAUCUAGAACUUGGCCAACAAACUGAAGAUUUUUCGCAACAAACUCAUAAAUUUGAUGAUUUUACGCAGCAACAAGCAGGAAAACUUGAAUUUGGUCAACAUCAUCAACAACAUACAGGAAGCUUGGAAUUCGGUCAACAAACUGAAGAUUUGUCACAACAAACUCAAAAAUUUGAUGAGUUUAAUCAGCAUACAAGUGAUCUGGAAUUUGGUCAGCAUGAGCAACAACAUCUAGGAGGAUUAGAAUUGGGUCAGCAAACUGAAGAUUUAUCUCAGCAAACUGACAAAUUUGGUGAUUUCAGUCAACAUCAAUCUGGAAAACUCGAAUUUGGUCAACAUCAUUACCAACACUUAGGAGGAAUAGACUUAGGUCAGCAAACAGAAGAUUUAUCUCAACAUACUCAUAAAUUUGAUGAGUUUGGUCAACAAUCAGGUGAUUUAGAAUUUGGUCAACAUCAACAGCAUACAGGCAGCUUGGAAUUCGGUCAGCAAACUGAAGAUUUUUCGCAACAAACUCACAAAUUUGAUGAUUUCAGUCAACACUCAGGUGAUUUAGAAUUUGGUCAACAUCAUCAGCAACAUACAGGAAGCUUGGAACUCGGUCAACAAACAGAAGAUUUAUCUCAGCAUACUCAUAAAUUUGAUGAUUUCAGUCAACACACAAGUGAUCUCGAGUUUGGUCAACAACACCUAGGAGGCUUAGAAUUGGGUCAGCAAACUGAAGAUUUGUCACAACAAACUCAUAAAUUCGAUGACUUUACUCAGCAACAAGCGGGAAAACUUGAAUUUGGUCAGCAUCAUGAACAACAUACAGGCAGCUUGGAAUUCGGUCAGCAAACUGAAGAUUUCUCACAACAAACUCAUAAAUUCGACGAUUUUACGCAGCAACAAGCAGGAAAACUUGAAUUCGGUCAACAUCAUAAUCAACACUUAGGAGGAAUAAAUUUAGGCCAACAAACGGAAGAUUUAUCUCAGCAAACUCAUAAAUUCGAUGAGUUUAGUCAACACUCAGGUGACCCAGACUUUGGUCAACAACAUUUAGGAGGAUUAGAAUUGGGCCAACAAACGGAAGAUUUAUCUCAGCAAACUCACAAAUUUGAUGAUUUCAGUCAACAUCAAUCAGGAAGUUUUGAAUUCGGUCAACAACACACUGGGAAAUUUGAAUUUGGUAAAGAGACCCAAGAAACCUCACAAUUAGGGUUCGACAAACAAAAUCAACAAACAACUGGCUUCAGUCCAUCAACGAAUUUUCCUAAAGAAUUUAAACCAGCUCCCAAACCCACCCCGCGGUCUCAACGAAUCGGUAAUCCAUCACGUGGCGACAUUGAAUCAGUGACAGUUCCAGGAGGCCCAGUGGGUCCAAUCGGCCCAGUAACUGUUCCAGUGAAGCCGGUUAAGGGAGGCCGAGGGUUCAAGCCUCUAGGAGUAUCAGCUCAAUACCGAAACGACGUUCCAUCCGAAGGAGUCUUAAGCCUCGAAGAACAAUCGUUCCAAUCUCCAGACUCCGGCAGCCUCUGGCAUCAGUCUCACCACCCAGGCGACUUGACAAGCGAUCACCCUCAAGGACAGCACUCCCAGAUUGACGGAGUCACCUUCCAACCCAGAAUCCUAGAAGCCUACGGCGGCAAAGGUCCCUACGAAGCCGGCCACCAAGAGGACAUUUUCUCAGGCAUCAGACCCAAUCCAUCAGCAACUCUCGCCCCCAAAUCUCACGGCAACGACCCCUGGGAAAUUCGUGAAGCCUCUGAACAGUUUUCGUCCCACCGCAUCUCAUCUCUUGAUACUGUACCCGAGUCAACAACUCAAUCACCUGAAACUACUCCAGCACCAGGCUUCUGGAAAAAACUAGGCAACAAAAUAACAACCUCCUACGAGAAAGCCAAAGAGAAACUCUCUGACACCUUCGGAUAAUCUUUUCCUUCAUCUCUCACCUCAUUUUGAUAUAUAUUUUUAAUUACAUACAUACUUAUAUAUUUAUAAAUAUUUUUUUUCUCAUUAACGCACAGAAAAAAGUUGAAUCGAGAAAUAUUUUGGAAGACAUUUGAAUGCAGCAGACAUCAGACAAAUUUAAAAUUAUAAAUAAACAGAGUAAAUAAUUUAAAAAAUGAUUUAUAAAAAAUGCACUUAUCAAUUUUGAAAUUUUUUAAAUGCGCAUUUUUUAAAUUAUUUACGCAUUUAUUAAUAAUUUUAAAUUUGUCUGUCUGCUAAAUACUCAUACUUCAGUGUCAUAAAUUUUCUUGAAUCAAGAAUAUUUAUUUUCUGUGUCAAGUUUACAGAACUGGCCAUUUAAUAUUUUUUCAGUUCAUUAGACUUAAUUCAAUGGACCUUUAGUAUUAUAUAACUUAAAAGGUAAUUAACAAUUAAUAUAAAAUAUUUAAAUGUAUGAAUAAAAAUGAGAGUAACUGUAGCAGACAUCAGACAAAUUUGAAAUUAUAAAUAAAUAGAGUAAAUAGUUUAAAAAAUAAUAUAUAUAAAAAAUUGUAAAUUUUUUUAAUGCGCAUUUUUUUAAAUUUCAUUUUUUAAAUUAUUUACUCUAUUUAUCUAUAAUUUUAAAUUUAUCUAAUGUUUGGUACAUUCACAUUCAUCAGUAAAAUUAAAUAAAUAGAUAUAAGCAAUAAAUAUUUACCUCGGGAAGAGUUUUGAAAAAUCUCACAAAUGUUUGUUGUCCAUUUUGAUCUGUAAUAACCACAUUAUUUUGUACUAUAGCUCAUUAACUUUAUAAAUAAAAAUAAUAAUAAUUAUUAA